AUGGCUAUAGGUAGCCCAAUGGGUCCUAUUCUGGCUGGUAUUUUCAUGGUUAGUCUGGAGAAGAAAGCCAGUAAGACACUGGAUGGCACUGUCCUGUAUAAAAUAUACGUCGAUGACACGUUAAUAAUCACCCGAAGCCCCAGGGAUACUGAGAUACUGUUAGCUGAAUUGAAUUUGCUUCACAGGGACAUACAAUUCACUAUGGAAACCGAGAAAAAACACUCCCAUUUCUGGAUAUUCUUAUUAGUCAAAGACUGGACGGGACUAUUUCGAGGUCCGGGCAUCGAAAAUCAACCUGGACCGGUCAGCAUGCACACUUNCUCGUACGUACACUGUUUGAUCCAGCUAGGAGGAUGUGCACUUCAGAUAAUGUGGAAAGCUGCCGUACCAUCACUGUUACCUCUACCACCACUUCCACCGCCACCACUAUUGGCACCACCACCAGUACCGUCAGUCACGUACGUACCCGUUUUAGGGACAAUCAGUGAAACCGACGUCACCACCAACAAUAGAUACAACUACAACGCCGCGAUUUCAGAACCGAGGACAGGAUUGGCAACCCACGUGCAGCCAAUCACUGCAGACCUCAAUCCUUGUCGGUACGAGAACUACAAUCCGUUCCGGGGAUACAUAUGUAUGCCCCAUUAUCAGACUCACCUGUUCAAUCCCAUAUCCACACAAGUGCCACUCACUCCAAGUCCUGGAGCGAUCCCUCGGACCGAUGUCAAUCUGAGCGAGCAUGUCUGUGCCGUGUUGACCCAUUCGCCCCAGUCACCCUCCCCUGUUUUGCAUCAAACCGCUCUGGUUAAGAAAUCUUUGCGUUUCGCAGACAGACGCUCCAAUCGCAAGUUUUCCACCUCAAAUCCGUACCUACUCCGUUCUGUACGUCAAUCCAUUCCGGUAAACCCACAUACUCCAACCCCGGAAAUGGACGGCACAAAUUCGAUGGUCAAAUCGGUGAAUCCGAUUGUCGAGCCCGGUCAUGGUUUACCACGUCUCGGUGAUCCGAUUGCCACCGGUUACGCUCUUACAGAUCAGUCGGCACUGAGUGUGCAUUCUGUGCCCACGAUGAAUACACAAACAAUACUACAUAACAAUCUCUCCUCCAACUCCGGUUCACCGAAUCUAUCACGUAGUAUUCGGCAGGUUUUGACCGGGACACCACCACCGCAGCCACCGCCGCAGCCAAAUUUGUCACAACCUCCACUUAUCCCACCGCCGGCUCCGAUCAAUCAGUCGAAUCCCCGAAUCCCGCAUAUGUCCAAUCAUUCUCCAUCACCCGAUCGAACGACACAGACUGUUGUCAUCGAUGGGAAAACUUACGAUGUGCAUGAGCUGGUCAGUAUGACCACACGACUAAAACAGGAUUUACUCGCCUGUACCGAUCGCAUUCGUUGGCUCGAAUCGGAGUUACAUCAGGCUAGAUUGCUUGUGAAUGCUAGGGACCGGGAUAUUCAUAAGUUACGUUCUGUGCUGGAUCAAAAAGUCUCAAACAUUCCCAGUUCGGGACAGUCAAGUGGGCUACAAAUGAUGGACACCGUGUUCGAGUUGGACGAAGCGCCGACCGGGUCCACAACCAUCUAUGACGGUUUGAUUGCACACAAUUCACAUGUCCCGUUG